ACCCACUACGCCCCACCUAUAACAAACAUCCACUACAAUAAUCUCAAACAAUGGACAGACCACGAGGCGGAGGAUUUAGAGGUGGGCGCGGCGGGGGCGGUGGUGGCCGUGGAGGCCGUGGCGGAGCAGGAGGGGGCGGAGGUGGCCAGGCCGGUUACAACAAAGAUCAACAAGAGCGGAAACCCCGCGAGGCAAUUUUAGAUCUAGCAAAAUUUAUGGAUAAGGCAAUCACGGUGAAGUUUAAUGGCGGUAGGGAAGGUACUUCUCGCUCUACGUUCUAACCCUUCCUGAUACUGACAAUUCUGCUCUAGUUGUGGGAAUAUUAAAAGGCUACGACCAAUUGAUGAACCUUGUCCUGGAUGACGUGAAGGAAAACCUUAGAGGUUCGUUCCGUAUGAUAGCCAGUGUGCAAAAGAUGCUGAUAAUAACCACCCGAUAGAUGAGGACGGAAACGAGACAACACGGGAACUGGGUCUGGUCGUUGCGAGGGGUCCGAUGUUGACCCUCAUCUCGCCAAUGGACGGUAGCGAACAGAUCGAGAACCCGUUCAUGGCGCAGGAAGGGUAACUGGGAAGCAUUGUCUUCUUUUCAAGAAAGCUUAAUAUCACGGGAUCUUCUUGUGAUUGGGUUUUGGCGUUAGUUCUUCUAUUAAUAAAAUGGGGCUACAUUACCUGAUAUACACUCCGUGCCGGCUCUUACGCUCUCGCGAACCCUGAUAUUGUGACGAUGCUAGAUAAUGAUAAGAUUUGCUCUACUUGACUCGUCAGGUGGUCCGACACACCAUGGUUGAAAUCAUAUAGGAUCACUCGAAAUUUACAGAUAUCACUGUUAAGGGAGAGUUACCUCUUCAGAUACGAAAGGGUUGUUCACCCACUUUGUGGUUAGAUAUGUUGGUAAUUUGUGUACCCGGAGAAAUCUAGGCCUCUUUCUAGUACAAACUAAUCAUCGUUUGCUUUGUUUUUCAUGUUAUUUUGAAAAAAGGAUUGGAGCUAAUUAACUAGUAAAUGCCCGAUACUCCGAGGUAGGGGAUAAGAGAAGGGAAAGAAAAAAAAGUACAAGAAUGUCCCAACAAACUAUGCUCAGGUCAAUGAAUCUCAUGUAUGAUGGUAACCAAUCCAUAAAAAAGUCGCGAGGCCGUAUCUAAAGAAUAUUAUUGAUCACAGGAUCAUUCCAAAUGUUUGACCCAUCUAGAUAAUCUCGAUAUCCAUGCAGGAGGUAUACCACUAAAAGCAUUCCCCAUUAGCAAAUAAUUGGCUAUUAUUCCCCCAGGGAAGUGAAGUGGGAAAAGCGUAAAAGAUAUACAUACCUCCUCAACUCUAGGCUUAUCCCGUCCAAAAUGCCACGAGAAAUCCCAGACCCAGUAAACGGUAUAAACGUCCCCAACCUUCAGAUUCUCUGGAAUCACAAACUCCGAUCUGCACGGCUUCUCGACCCCCUCUUUCCCGACCCCACGUUGUUGGGAUAUGGGUGAUUGGUUGGGUUGCGUGCACACUCCGUCAUCGUACGGCCCCGCCGCGAGGAGCCUGCCCUUCUUGUUCCCUCCCUGGCCGUCCACGGUCCAAGCCCUCACCUCUCUCAGCGGGAGUUUCGGGUCUGGGUCGGAGGUUCCGAACCAGUAGGUGUAGCCAUUGAAAGCUGUCGCCGAGGGGGGGAGGGAGACGUGUCCGUUUUCGAGGUAGUAGCCUGCCACCGUUUGCUUUCGGCUGGCCCUGAGGCGGGGGAAGCCAGGCUGGUUGGCACGCACUUGUUGGGUGUCCUUGCAGAUGGGCUUGCUUUCCCAGUCCGGGCCUUCGAUACGGUAAGUCAUACGAGUAUCCAGGUUGGCGUCCUUGCCAACUGGCAGGUUGUUAGUUUGGAUUUCGCUUAUUUCAUGUUGUGGGAGCAGAGGGGGAGGGGAAGGGCUCACUCCAGCUUCUCAUGUAUCCCUUUGUUCCUGGGCCGACGGCCUCUAGGACCUCAAUCUGUGGGGUGAAUGUUAGCGCUCUGAAAUAGUCUCUCACACAUAUAGAUAUAUAUAGAUUUUCGACGAGCCCGCUUACCCAAGUGUGAGAAACAACGUUCCCGGCAUGGAGCGCCAGCAGCACAACUGCAGUGGUGGCAAAGUUGAAAUGCAUUAUUAUGCCCCAGUAAAAGUAAAUAUGGGUAUGUAAAAAAAAAAGUGAAAAUGAUAGUGAAGAAGGAGAAGAGGGAAUCGGCUUUCUCGAAAAGCUUUCAAAGUUGUAAAGGUGUGUUAAUGCUGAUAUGAGCGAGCGUGAGUGUGAAGUAAAAGAAAGAAAGAAUAAUUCGACAGGUAUAUAUAAAGAAGGAAUGUCUGCUAUUCUAAAAGAAUCAUGAGGACCAUAGAACUGCCAGCGAUCUAACUCUAUUGUAUACAUAUAUACCUUACGCCCCUACUCCCGGAGACCAUUCAAGUUGAAAAACUCAUAAUAUUGGGGGGGGGGAGGGGAGCCAUUCAAGUUUAAAAGUAUCGAACAUCAAUGGUUAUUCCUACCAUGAAA